UUGGGAGGCGGCUCCGGGUGGAGUCGGCAGGCGCAGGAUGUGAGCUCACGGCUCGGGAUUGCUGGCGGGCAGGCGGCCACAGGCCAGGGGCUGCACAGAGUCAGCUCGCCACCCAGCUGAGAGGAGAGGCGCCCCUGGGACGCACUGAAACUAUGAGGCUCUGGCCUCGGCUGGCCACUCACUCAUAACCCCUUACACCACGGCGGAGCCUUCCAAGCCUACCUCCUGCCGUGUGGUGAUCUACCUGCAGCGGGAGAUGUCGGGGGAUACCUGUCUGUGCCCAGCAUCUGGGGCCAAGCCUAAGCUAAGUGGCUUCAAGGGAGGAGGGCUGGGCAACAAGUACGUCCAGCUCAACGUGGGUGGCUCCCUGUACUAUACCACCGUGCGGGCACUCACCCGGCAUGACACCAUGCUCAAGGCCAUGUUCAGCGGACGCAUGGAGGUGCUGACUGACAAAGAAGGUUGGAUCCUCAUAGACCGAUGUGGAAAGCACUUCGGCACCAUUUUGAAUUACCUCCGGGAUGACACCAUCACCCUCCCUCAAAACCGGCAGGAAAUCAAGGAGUUGAUGGCUGAAGCAAAAUAUUACCUCAUUCAGGGGCUGGUGAACAUGUGCCAGACUGCCCUUCAGGACAAGAAGGACUCCUACCAGCCUGUGUGCAACAUCCCCAUUAUCACAUCCCUGAAGGAGGAGGAGAGGCUCAUCGAAUCCUCUACCAAGCCCGUGGUGAAGCUGCUGUACAAUCGGAGCAACAACAAGUACUCCUACACCAGCAACUCUGACGACCACUUGCUGAAGAACAUCGAGCUGUUUGACAAGCUCUCCCUGCGCUUCAACGGCCGUGUGCUCUUCAUCAAGGACGUCAUUGGUGACGAGAUCUGCUGCUGGUCCUUCUACGGCCAGGGUCGCAAGCUGGCAGAGGUGUGCUGCACCUCCAUUGUAUAUGCCACAGAGAAGAAGCAGACCAAGGUGGAAUUUCCAGAGGCCCGAAUCUAUGAGGAGACACUCAAUGUGCUACUCUAUGAAACCCCCCGAGUCCCUGACAACUCCUUAUUGGAGGCCACAAGCCGAAGCCAUAGCCAGGCUUCCCCCAGUGAAGACGAGGAAACCUUUGAACUGCGGGACCGUGUCCGUCGCAUCCACGUCAAACGCUAUAGCACUUAUGAUGACCGGCAGCUCGGCCACCAAUCUGCCCAUCGCGACUGACAAGACCCUCAGGGAGUCAGAGCACAGGAAGCCCUGUCUCCCCUCCUGUGGAACCCCACCGCAUUGGCCACUCCACGCUGCUGCUGGCUGGGUCUCUGCUACACCCCCAGAGGCAUGACAGGCUCUGCCUGGGAGGUCAGGGGGCCUGAGCAGAGGGGAGACCGCAUUCCUUUGCCUUGUCUCCUGAGCACUUCCAGAUGACUGAGUUCUGUCCUCUUUGCUCAGCCUCUCGCUGCCCAACAGGGAGCUGCUUCUGCUCUAUGGUGAAUGGAGUGACCUGCCCACCUCCUGCCAAGAACAUUCCCCUAGGCCCUUUGCUGAGUGCCCCUUUCCUCUGCUGAAGAGCUACUACCCCUUAGGCCUCAGGUGAAGCCCAUGGGGAAUGAGUUCAUUCUAGGGGAAAGGUGGCUUCUGGUGCUGUGGAGGCCCAGUUUUUAAACAGAAGAUGAGGCUUCUUUUUACCUAAGGUGUUUAAGUACAGGCUUGAUGGGUUUGGUUUUUUAAAAAAUAAUCUAGGAAAUGAAUAGUUUAAGUCUAACAAUGAGGGGACUGGGCAUUUGUUACCCCUCCAGGAUGUCAGAACCCUUGGCCCUGCUCAAUGCCCUUGGGAAUCUGUUUCUUUAAAGCACUUUGUACCAUUCAGGGGAUUUAUAUUCUGCCCUGACCCACAUCUUUUUCUGGUCCUAAUCCCCUCUUCCCUGUAGAACAGUCUGAUAAAAAGGAAGCAAUAAGAAAUGCCCACCAGCCUCUGGCUUUGCCAGCCUGGCCAAACAGCCAGCCCGAAGACCACCAAGGAAGGAAGGAUAUAUAAGUUGGGUCCCAUGGUCCUAAUCGUGUCCCCGUGAGAAAAGACAUUUUGCCCCCACAUAACUGACUCCAAGGGUCCAAACAUGAUUGCUCUUUUUCUUUUGUCCUUGAGUGCCCUCAGCUCCAAGGUAUACUGUCCUCACAUACUAUAAAGCCAAAGAGCUGGCACAGGGGCCAGGAGCUACUUCAUGCCAAAAACGGCAGCAGGAAGCUUGGAACCCAGGGGCACCGCCUACUGCUGGCUUACGUGCCCAUGAGCUGAGGACAGCCAACUCAGCCCUGUGGUCCCAGCAGUCCGUGUAGAGGUGGGCAUGUGCCUGCCCAUACAUCUGCUCUCCGCCCCCCCCGCCCCAAUCCACGCUAUUGGUUUGUGUCCUGGCUGGGGAUGGUGGUUCUGCCCAGUGAUGAGUCUCUGAACACAGGAUGAUGGGAGCAACCUAAGCCCACUGAAGGCCUUCAUUCCUUCUUGUUGGGUAACCUGGCCAUGGAGGUGCCAAGCACCAGUCAGGGUGUGAGUUCCUCUCUAGGGGUUUGGCUUUCAUUCCCUUUGGUUUGGUUUGGCUUGGCUCUUGGGAGGCAGCUUAUGUGAAUUCUUUUCCAAAGGAAUGCUGUCAGGGAAAGGGCUGUUCUGCCAGCCUAACAAAGCGGCAUAGCCAGGCACAGCACCCACUCUCUUAGGAAGGACCAUAGUUAUCAAGUUCAUCCCUCUUGACUACUCUUAGGGUAGCUAAGUGGCUGCUCACUGCUGACCCAUAGAGCCUGUGGGCAAAUGCCAGGCCCAGGGUUAGACUCAAGGACCUGAAAUGACAUGAGGGGGCAGGGGAAAUGUGACUUUAAUCGGGCAUUUUACGUUAGUCACAGCCUUGAAUGUAUAAAUAGCUCUAAGACUCUUAGGUCAGGUACCUUGGUGAUCAGCUACUAGUUCUUCUAGCCCUCACUGGAGUAACAAGGCAAGAGAAAUCCAUUUCUUUGGCCAAAUUCAGGCUUUGGCUUUGUGGCUUUCCCACAGAGACUGGAAUGCUUCAGCCUAAGACCACUUGCCUAUUUUCUCAGCUGCCCUCAUGAAGCCCUUUAGUGCCCAAAUUCUGAGGUAUUUUCAUGCUUGUCCUUUGAUCCCAAGUCCCCUUUAUCCUUUACUUACUGCUUUGACAUUCAGAUCCUCAGCUGUCUUGGUGGUGUCUAUUUCUUCCUGAGAAAGCACAGUAGUCUGGGACUAGACAUUUAUCUUAGAAAGUAUCACCUCGGUCUUAAGGAAAAUACUAACACUGAACUUACUGAAGUGAUCUUAGCUGCUUUAAUCAGACUUUGUGGCUUAAAGGCUUGGGGAACUUUCUUUAAAAGUUUCCCAGUCUCAUUCAAAAAGCAGCUAUCAGCUGUAUGAAUUUUUCAACUCCAAGCAGCCCAGGGGGAAGCAAACAAAAAAGUUUGGGUGAAACUCAAAACUUCCUGUCAGUUCCUGAGAAAACUGGAAGCCUGCUGUUAACACAGACCAGUACUGGGUUUUACUGAAUUUGACACGUGGCCAAGGUCUGCCUGUAGGAUAGCCCAGGUCCUGGCAUGAGAAUUUUUCCUUUAUCACAUUAACUGUAAUACUUUGUUGCUCGGUAUAAGUGAUGGAAGUAAACACUAAUUUCUAAUAAAAUCGUGUUACACUGCA